GUUUGAUAUUUUACGUGGAAUUGUGCUAAAAAUUUAUCAUUUAAAAUUGCAAUUUUCAGAGUAAUUUAAUAAUUCUAAAAAGUAAACAAACAUGGAGCGGAACACACAAAGAGUUGGUAUUGGAAUUGGCGCUAUUCAUAACCCACCGAGAGCAAAAUAUAGCCAAGAGACGAGAAAUUUAAUAAAAGAAUUAAUGGAGGAAUCGAAACUCAGUAUGAUGCAAAGAAAAUCUAUCCUAAGAGCCGUGGAUCGUGGAGAAUCUCUACCACAUCCGAAUAUUAAAUCGUCUAAAGAUAAGAAGAAAGAAAAGGAACCUCAGGUCCUAUAUCCAAGUGUCUGGAGAAAGCGCUCGCAAAAUUUGAUAAUUAACAGUGGACUCUAUGAGAGAGAACAAUUCAGAAGAACCGUACCACUGCCUGACAUGGAAAAACAAAAACGUCACUUGGCGCACAUGAUGGCGUAUGGUAAGGACAUGCCGCCAACUCCUAAUGGACCACUGAAUUUGCACCGAGAAAAGAAAUUACCCAGAACUCCCAAUGAUGAUGAGAUGUUUGAAGAACUUGUCGAAGGUAUUCGGGAAAGAAUAGAAUUUCUGAAGGACAUGGAAGCCCUGGGACAAGGGAAGAAGUAUCGAACAAUAAUACAGCAGGAAGUUGCAGAAAAACUUCGUCUUAUUCAAUCGUUGAAUAAAACGGGACCAACGGGACUCGAGAAGGAAUUAGAAAGAUUCAAAUCGAAAAGACAAACGCCAAAUCCCUAUCCAAUGGGAGAACUUUCUUGUUGAAAGUUACAGAAAUUCGUACUACAAAAAUUUCACAUUAUUUGCAAAGCGAUUUUCGAGAAAAUGCUAUUUUUCAAUUAUUUCUUUACAUUUUUCUUUAUAACUAAAAAAGUAUUUUUAAAAUGUGUGAUGUAGUAUUCUAUACUAUAAACUAAGCAGGUUCGGCAAAAAAAAUAAAAAGUCUUUUAAAGAUAUGAAUCUUUCAAUCGAAUCUUACAGCAUCCAAAGUACCUUAAAUCAGAAAAACCAUUAUCUUAAUCUGGAAUUGGAAAAAAAUCCAAAACCAUUUACACAGGCUUCGCAAUCGACAAAAACCAACUAUUUUUUUUUGAA